CCACUCCCUCGCGCACGGAUUCCAGGAAGUGCCCGGAUGUUACCUUGUCAACCAGCUCAGGCUAAGCAACGCGACAUGAGGACACCAUGCUCAUAAGUCCAAUGAUUUUGCAUUGUUAAACAGCAUGUAUCCAUCAAGAAUUCCGGUCGUUGUUUUAUUCCUGUCUUAUGUUUUCUUCGUGGUCUCAGGCGUCCAGAGGCUGACACUAACCCCUGACCAAGGCACCGCCCUCAACAUAAGCAACCAGGUCAAAGGGUCGCAAUGCAAAGUGUGCUUCAGGGCGAGGUGCAGGUUCGACACAUCUUUGUUGUUAAAAGAAAACACGCCUUUCGUGGUGGAAUUUGAUUGCCCCCGACCUGAAGAUAUUUUUAAAGUGGAGAUAAUUAGAAAUAUAGAAUGUACAGCAAGGUCGUGCAGCAGCGACAUUAUCCAGACGGACUCAGUUUCCUUUACGCAGCUGGAUUUCCACCGCACAUUUACUUGGAACCUGAAAGCCUCAGCACUGAAAGCGAUCCAAGUGGACUUCACUAAAGGUGGUCUUAGACAAAUUAGUCCAUCUGCGAACUGUCCAGACAGACACACCUACACCUUAAAGGCCUUCCAGGUGUCAGGGACUGUUGUCAUUGGGAAAUACUGCAGAGGAGGCCCAAUCAGUGCUGCUCAGAUAUUGAAUGAGGGCAGCUUCUCUCUGGAUGUUCCACCAAGACUGAAGGUGCAAAGGGACCAGUUUGGUGUGUCUGUUGGGGAGGAAAUUAAAUCCCUUGCCAAAAUCACAGUGUCUUUGCCUGACCAGAGCUCUUCCAUCGAGUUGCUCUCUCCAAACUUCCCGGAGAGCUUCCCAGAUGACGACGUGAUGGAGUGGCACUUUCACGUCGAGGCGACACAUAAGGCGACUAUUGAGUUCUUAAACGUCACACAGCCGCGUUGUCUAAAGAAGGGAACGGCGGCAGAGUAUCAACGUAAAGGCAGGCGGGCGCUGGUGGUAGGUCUAACAGACACCCAGCCGGUCCUAAAUCAGGGGGACUUCUCUUUGACUCUGAGAAACUGUGAGAUGGACAGAAGAAGCGCUGGUUCUCCAGGACUGUCCCUGAAACUCAAUGUGUCCUCUUUCAAGGCGAGUUCACCAGUGUUGUGUUCUGUCGACCUGAGGAAGUGGAAGGUCCUUUCUCUUCACUUGGAAAGGUUGAGGUCGGCAUCUGAAUGUGAGAUGAAGAUGAACUCUUUGACGAUGGAGAAUAUCACAGUGCCAUCCGGAAGUGUUACUCAGCUGUCUUUCCAGGACUGUCUUCCCCAAGACGUGCUUGUCACCGCCGGUGGAAUCAUUGGUUGUACCCAAUUUCAGGAUUGCCCGAAGCGUCCAGUUCCUCUUUCAGUGCCUUCGCUGCCAAAAUGCCUCCCAGCCCCUCUCAGCGCUGUGACCUGGGCCCUCCGCCCUCCUCUGCAUGGCACUGUGGAGCUAAAGUUUUUAAUCGGACACCUGCAGCAGCACCUCCCCGAGCAGCCAUGCAACGACAGCCUCAUCACACUGAUCGAAGAUGACAAAACUACUGUAGCCCUUUUAUGUCCUCAGGGGGCCAUUCAGAAGGUCCAAAUCCACACCAACAUAUCUGUCACUGUGACCAGAAGGGAGGGCCAGGCACUGAAACCUACUGUGGAGCCUAUGUUGAUGGCCAGUUUGAAAGAGGAGAUAGCAGAAAGAUACAUAUUCACUGUAUUGCCCAAAAAAGACACGCCCAUUCUUUUGGCGACGCCUGGUUGGCCAGCUGGGAUGGAGUCCUACGCCACCGUCUCCUGGAUCGUCUCGCUUCCACGUAAGACGGAGGCGCACUUGAUGUUCGUCAACCUUAGCCAGCCCAAAUGCGCCAACCGCCACACCAACAUCCGAGUGCAGAGGAUCGACAGUCUAGAGGAGGACUACAGUCGCAGGGAGGACGAGGAGGCCGAGGAGGUCAGCGUUUCUGAGAACUUCUACCUAAACAUGUCCAACUGUAUGCCUGAGAGAGGAGACUUUAAGGUCAUCACAAAGCUGACCCUCAGGAAAAGCACAAGCAUGAUGUUGGUUACCAUCGCUAGUGUGGUCGCGGCUCUGGUGCUGCUUUUCAUCAUCGUGUUGGUGGUGGUCUGUUUCGUUAUCAAGACGAAGAAAAAGAAGCUUGAACAUCAGGUGUCCAUCUACAAUCCCAAUGGAACCAACUUCCAACCGGGACGCAACGGCUUCCCAAAAUCUCGCGAGGACAACGAGUCCCAUGUGUACGCCUCCAUUGAGGACACGCUGGUUUACACCCACUUGCUUAGAAAGGGGGCAGAGAUGGGCGUGUACACAGAGUCGGACACCUACCGGCCCGUCACGGGCCAAACGGAAACACACAAGCUGCCCGUGUCUAAAGAUGGCGACAACAUGGAGGUGGGAGUUUACCAGGCUUAUCCUUUGUCACAGCAACAGGCUCCCCCGCUUCCCAAAAGGCCCAUGAGCCACACCUUUGUGGACAAUGUAAUUUACCAGUCCCAACCCUCGCUGGAGGAGCAUUCCACUGAGAUAGGGCCACGACUGGAACUAGAGGGAGGCAACUGAUUGGACGCAGCUUUAACUUUUGGGGAGGUUGUGAUUACUUGCUGCUCAGCCUCACAAGACGUCCUCUUUUUUUCUCUCUGCUGCCAAAUUUAGACACACAAACUACGCAUGUCCAGGCCUGCAUGUGCUUGUUGCCUUCAUUUUUUAUCUUGGAUGGCGGAACUUCUCUUGGGAAAGCAGAACUGAAUCACCCUUUUAUACUUUUGACCUAUGUUUGAGUGUUUCUUUAUUUUGUAAUGACACUGAUGUCAAAGUACUGUAAUAUUUCCGCAAGGGGGUCUCGCACAGGGCACUACUGAAGCUAAAACAGCCACUGGCCUGUGGAUUUGAUGUGCAGUUUUAUUUCAAGACCUUUCUAAAAAAUAUGACAUAUGUCUUCACAUUUUUACAACAAUCAUACUGUAAUAGUCAAUACCGUGUAACAUAUUUUUCGAAAGUAUCCUAUUCUGAAAAAACUUUGAAUCUAAUUGAGAAAUCCGAGCCAGUUUUUUGUUGUUUUCGGAGACGCGUGUGGGAUUCUCAGUUUGCGCAAUAUCCUUUGCAUGUGUUCACCGACUCACUGAUUCUGAAUCUCACCCUGAAACAAUGAUUCAGUGAUACAUGACAAUAAACAAUCUUCCCUGA